AUGAGGCGUUCUUUCUCUGGAAUUCCUCAUGCAUCAGUGAUUCAAACCACUUCUUCAAGUACGGAUCUGCAAGCUAAAGAUCCUGUUGAUGUGUCGUCCUCAUCAUCAAUAUCACCAAAACGUCUUGCCAUUGUGCCAUCGGAGAUCCACACGGCUAUUGAAGCCAUUCUAAAAGACUCUAGCAACAAAGCACUCAAAGACGAUCUGGCCUUUUUGGAUGCUCGCCUCUAUGCUGGACAGGCUACCAAUGCUAGAUCUCGGGAGUUGGAUCCAAGUCGUGACAUUGUGCAAUAUAGCCAACGAGAUGUAAUGGCAUAUGUCGCAGGACGCUUGGUGGGAGCUUAUGUGGCCAUGAACCACGUUUUACAGCAAUUGAUGAGAAGAUCGCCCGAUUUUGCACCAAAGCAUAUACUGGACUUUGGAUGCGGCCCUGGAACAGCUAUAUGGUGCGUUUUCGGUUCUCUUUCUUCGUUGCCAGCAUUCGCUUACAUUAUGAAGGAUGAUAGGGCCUGUAGAGAGUUUUGGAAUGUUGAUAAAUAUACAGCUGUAGACUCGUCAUCUGUAAUGUUAAAGACAUUGGAAGACAUGUCAGAAAAGCUUCCAGGAUCCCCAAUAGCUGUAGAGAAGCGUAUUCCAAUGGAUGCGCAAGCUGAUUUGGUCUUGUGUGCGUUUACUUUGAACGAAUUCUCAGAUGUCAGCUCAAGAGCUCGUAUAGUAGACUCGUUAUGGAAGGCAACAUCCGACACGUUGGUCUUGUUGGAAUCUGGGACCCCAUCUGGGUUCAAGCUUACUGAAACUGCCCGAGCUCAGAUUCUACAAAAGCCGGAUCCUGCACAUGUUCUUGCACCUUGUCCACAUGAAUAUGCCUGUCCCAUGGUGAAAUCAAAGUCAUGGUGUCACUUCCCACAAAAGUUUCAGCUCAAUCGCCGUCUGCGGCUUCUACAAAAUGCAAAUGAGUCAUGGGACACAGUCAAGUUCUCAUAUGUUAUCCUUCGCAAGGGGGUGUUGCCUUCCAGUUUAGAAGAAGCACGUCGACCAGUCUUGAAUGCAGCCCCAAUGAAAAAACAUGGUCAUGUCAUACUAGAUUAUUGCUCUACAGCUGGACAAUUGGAACGGACUGUAAUUAGUAAGAGCAAAGGCAAGUUGGAAUACGCUGCUGCUAGAAAGUCUAGUUGGGGCGAUGUUCAGCGUCAGUUCUUGUCCGAGUCUGAUGAGGAAAUAGAUUUGCAAAGUAGCAAAUGGAGGGCAGGUGACAUGGGAACGCCCAUUUUAACAAGAGAGCUCUAUGAGUUGGAAUUCCUUACUAAUAGCUCCUCAUCACACGGUACAGGCCCAUCGGGACAAGAACCUGAUGAAUUACAGGAAGGGCAAGGCUAUGCAGCAGAGGUAGCAUUAUUCUGUCAAGACAAGAAGCACGUAACUGCUCCACCUGAUAAGUGUGUAAACGCAUCUCUUUCCACACUGAUUGCUUUUAUUCAAUGA